UAAAGCACUUUGUCCAGCAGCCAGAAAGGCGUGUAUACACAAAUUUACGUAGUAAAGCGCGCCAACUGCAGAGAAUGUAUGAAAUAUAGGGUUAAUGUGUUCAGUAUUAGUUAUAUAACAUUUAUUUUAAAACAUGGCUUCAACCAGUAAGACGCCGUUACAGUCAAGAAACUUACCAUGGGUUGAGAAAUACAGGCCACAGACCCUAGACGAUCUGAUAUCCCAUCAGGACAUCCUCAGUACAAUCCAGAAAUUUAUUAGUGAAGAUCGGCUGCCACAUCUCCUCUUCUACGGCCCUCCAGGGACAGGGAAGACCUCCACCAUCCUGGCCUGUGCCAAACAGCUCUAUAAGGAUAAAGAAUUCAGCUCCAUGGUCUUAGAGCUGAAUGCUUCUGAUGACAGAGGCAUUGAUGUUGUCCGAGGACCCAUUCUGAGUUUUUCCAGCACUAGAACCAUCUUUAAGAAAGGGUUUAAGUUGGUUAUAUUGGAUGAAGCAGACGCUAUGACCCAGGACGCCCAGAACGCUUUGAGAAGAGUGAUUGAGAAGUUCACGGAAAACACGCGGUUUUGUUUGAUUUGUAAUUACUUGUCCAAGAUCAUCCCUGCUCUGCAGUCUCGAUGCACCCGGUUCCGUUUCGGCCCACUUUCUCAGGAGCAGAUGGUCCCCAGACUGGAGUAUGUCAUCCAGCAGGAGAAAGUUGACAUAACACCCGAUGGACUGAAAGCUAUUGUGACGUUAUCUACAGGAGACAUGAGGCGAUCUUUAAACAUCUUACAGAGCACCAGUAUGGCCUAUGCGAAGGUAACUGAAGAAACAGUCUACACCUGUACUGGUCACCCGCUGAAGUCAGACAUUGCCAACAUCCUGGACUGGUCCCUCAAUAAGGACUUUACCACAGCGUACAAACACAUCAUGGGCCUUAAAACACUCAAGGGGUUGGCCCUGCAUGAUAUCCUGACAGAGAUCCACCUUUUGAUACAUAGAGUUGACUUUCCUCCCAACAUUAGAAUGGGCUUGCUCAUCAAAUUAGCAGAUAUCGAGUACAGGGUGGCUUCCGGGACAAAUGAGAAGAUUCAGCUGAGCUCUAUGAUCGCGGCUUUCCAAGCAGCCCGAGAUCUUGUGGUUAGUGAUGCCUGACACCCCUUCCCGUGCCUUUUCCCUUUUUAAUGAAGUGCAAGUAAAAGAUAAGGAGUAAUGGGGGAACAAGAGAUAUCAAGGAAUAUAGUCUUCCAUGCCAAUUUUAUGCAGGAAAAAGUGUUUGGAGCCAUGACCUUAUUUUACCCAGGUGUUACAUGGAGGAAAUUUGAAGAUGUAACCAUUGAAUAAGAUAUUACUUUAAAGCAGCUUAAUAUGGGGGUUGUCUAAAUGAUUAAUCCCUGAAAGUCAGAUUUUUUCUUUACAGAGAAAGUUGUUAAAUAAUCCUGUAUCUUUAACCCAAAUAGAAUUCUGUUUUGUUCAGUGCUAAAUGUAGAAAAAUACUUCAGGAACAUGAAAUGUUUUCACUGUGUAAGCAAAAUGUUUUUGUAAUAAAAUGACUUCA